AUGGCGACUUAUGAGAAUGCGACUGUUGCUUAUGGUAUCAUGGCUACGGAUGUUAUCAACUUUAAACCCUUGCCGGAAAUCGUCCAAGAUUUCGUCUUUGGAUGCAGCCUCAAAAAUAGUAUCAAAAUGAUGGGAGUUAUAGGUGCAUCUAAUAGUGGGUUAUCACUCCCAAGACAAUUAUACCCAGAAGAUCCCAAGUUCUCGUACUGUAUCUCUGAUGAUUUGUCCAAAACAAACCUAGUCAAGUUUGGUCCAGCUGCAAUACUUAGUGGUGAUACCCUAGACAUGGUAAAGAACCUUCACACUGGUUUCUACUACCUCGACGUUCUCACUAUUGAAGUGAACAGAGAAGAGAUCGACAUAAAGCCAAUAGUGUUUGAGAUGUCCACCGAUGGGAAAAGAGGUUUCAUAGCAGAUUCUACUACCGCACUAACAGUCUUAACCUCAGAAGCUUUUGAUGCGUUGAAGAAGAAGGUAGAGCAAUUCCUAGGUCCUGCAUCAAAGUACAUGAUUUUUGAGAUUUGUUAUCCUUCCUCAAUGUUAGGAAAAGGUCAAGAAGAUCCAAGACCGUUGAUUGGACUACAAGUCACCGACUUUACCUUAGAAUUUGAGGGGUUUAGAAUUUGGCAGAAAAUCCCAAAAUCUAACAUAGAGUGUUUGCAAAUGAUUAGGACAAUGUCAUUCUUAUCUGUCCUUGGAUUUGAGCAGCUAGUAAAUUAUAAUGUAGGACAUGACCCUAAUAAUAAUCUCAUGUAUAUAGAAGAGACCACUUGUGAAACUGUUUAG